GCCUCACGGCUCCGUGUCUCUCUCCCCCUCCUCUCUCUCUCCCUCUCUCUCACGCUCAGCGCAAUGGCGGCGGCAGCGGCGGCGGCGGCCGAGCAGCAACAGUUUUACCUGCUCCUGGGGAACCUGCUCAGCCCGGACAAUGUGGUGCGGAAACAGGCGGAGGAAACCUAUGAGAAUAUCCCUGGACAAUCUAAGAUCACAUUCCUCUUGCAAGCCAUCAGAAAUACAACUGCUGCUGAGGAGGCUAGACAAAUGGCUGCUGUCCUCCUACGACGUCUUUUGUCCUCUGCUUUUGAGGAAGUCUAUCCAACUCUUCCUUCUGAUGUUCAGAAUGCCAUCAAAACUGAACUACUUUUAAUUAUUCAGAUGGAAACACAGUCUAGCAUGAGGAAAAAAGUCUGUGAUAUUGCUGCUGAGCUGGCCAGAAAUUUAAUAGAUGAGGAUGGCAAUAACCAGUGGCCAGAAGGUCUGAAGUUCCUUUUUGAUUCAGUCAGUUCUCAAAAUGUGGGACUGCGGGAAGCUGCCCUUCACAUUUUCUGGAACUUCCCUGGAAUUUUUGGAAAUCAACAACAGCAUUAUUUGGAUGUCAUCAAACGGAUGUUGGUUCAGUGUAUGCAAGACCAGGAACAUCCAGCGAUAAGGACAUUAUCUGCAAGAGCUGCAGCUGCAUUUGUGCUUGCAAAUGAGCAUAAUGUUGCAUUACUCAAACACUUCUCAGACUUGCUACCUGGAAUCUUACAGGCUGUAAAUGACUCCUGUUACCAGAAUGAUGACUCGGUCCUAAAAUCCCUUGUUGAGAUUGCAGAUACUGUUCCAAAAUACUUACGUCCCCACUUAGAAGCUACUCUACAGCUGAGUCUAAAGUUAUGUGCAGACACUAACCUCAAUAAUAUGCAACGUCAACUUGCCCUUGAAGUAAUAGUGACCCUGUCUGAGACUGCUGCUGCUAUGCUGAGAAAACAUACAAAUAUUGUUGCACAAGCUAUUCCUCAGAUGUUAGCAAUGAUGGUAGACCUAGAAGAGGAUGAAGAUUGGGCAAAUGCUGAUGAGCUGGAGGAUGAUGAUUUUGACAGCAAUGCAGUUGCUGGUGAGAGUGCAUUAGACAGAAUGGCUUGUGGGCUUGGUGGAAAACUUGUUUUACCAAUGAUCAAGGAACAUAUCAUGCAGAUGCUUCAGAACCCUGAUUGGAAAUACCGGCAUGCUGGAUUAAUGGCCUUAUCUGCCAUUGGAGAGGGUUGUCACCAGCAAAUGGAGGGGAUUCUAAAUGAAAUAGUUAAUUUUGUUUUGCUUUUUCUUCAAGAUCCUCAUCCAAGAGUGAGGUAUGCUGCCUGUAAUGCUGUUGGACAAAUGGCAACAGACUUUGCACCUGGUUUCCAAAAGAAAUUCCAUGAGAAGGUGAUUGCAGCUCUUUUGCAAACCAUGGAAGACCAAGGUAAUCAGCGUGUCCAGGCACAUGCCGCCGCAGCUCUUAUUAAUUUUACAGAAGAUUGUCCCAAAUCACUGCUUAUUCCAUAUUUAGACAAUUUGGUGAAACAUCUUCAUUCCAUAAUGGUGAUUAAACUUCAGGAGCUGAUUCAGAAAGGCACCAAAUUGGUUUUGGAACAAGUUGUGACUUCUAUUGCAUCAGUUGCAGAUACAGCAGAAGAAAAAUUUGUCCCAUAUUAUGAUUUAUUUAUGCCAUCUCUAAAGCACAUAGUUGAAAAUGCUGUUCAGAAAGAACUCAGACUUCUGAGAGGAAAAACUAUUGAAUGCAUUAGUCUUAUUGGUCUUGCUGUAGGGAAGGAAAAGUUUAUGCAAGAUGCAUCAGAUGUGAUGCAACUAUUGCUGAAGACACAGACAGACUUUAGUGAAUUAGAAGAUGAUGACCCACAGAUAUCUUACAUGAUCUCAGCAUGGGCUAGAAUGUGCAAGAUCCUAGGAAAAGAGUUUCAGCAGUAUCUUCCUGUGGUUAUGGGUCCUUUAAUGAAGACUGCAUCAAUUAAACCUGAAGUGGCUCUCUUAGACACACAAGACAUGGAAAAUAUGAGUGAUGAUGAUGGUUGGGAAUUUGUGAACCUUGGAGACCAACAAAGUUUUGGAAUUAAAACAGCAGGACUUGAAGAAAAAUCAACUGCUUGCCAGAUGUUGGUUUGCUAUGCAAAGGAAUUAAAGGAAGGAUUUGUGGAGUAUACCGAACAAGUAGUUAAGCUGAUGGUUCCCUUGCUGAAAUUUUAUUUUCACGAUGGUGUCCGAGUAGCAGCUGCAGAAUCCAUGCCCCUUCUCCUGGAAUGUGCAAGAGUCCGUGGACCUGAAUACCUCACCCAGAUGUGGCACUUCAUGUGUGAUGCCCUUAUCAAGGCUAUUGGAACAGAGCCAGAUUCUGAUGUCCUGUCAGAAAUCAUGCAUUCUUUUGCAAAGUGCAUUGAAGUAAUGGGAGAUGGAUGCCUUAAUAAUGAACACUUUGAAGAGCUUGGAGGAAUACUAAAAGGCAAACUUGAAGAACACUUUAAAAAUCAAGAAUUAAGACAGGUUAAAAGACAAGAUGAAGACUAUGAUGAACAAGUGGAAGAGUCCUUACAAGAUGAGGAUGACAGUGAUGUUUAUAUUCUGACUAAAGUGUCAGAUAUUUUACAUUCAAUAUUUAGUAGCUACAAAGAAAAGAUACUGCCAUGGUUUGAACAACUGCUUCCUCUAAUUGUCAAUCUAAUUUGUCCUCAUAGACCAUGGCCAGACCGACAGUGGGGAUUGUGCAUCUUUGAUGAUGUCAUUGAGCACUGCAGUCCAUCUUCAUUUAAAUAUGCAGAAUAUUUCCUAAGGCCAAUGCUACAGUAUGUAUGUGACAACAGCCCAGAAGUCAGGCAAGCUGCUGCUUAUGGCCUUGGAGUUAUGGCACAGUUUGGUGGAGAAAAUUAUCGUCCUUUUUGCACAGAAGCACUUCCAUUGCUGGUAAGAGUGAUUCAGUCCACAGAUUCUAAAACCAAAGAAAAUGUUAAUGCUACCGAGAAUUGUAUCUCUGCAGUAGGGAAAAUUAUGAAGUUCAAACCUGACUGUGUUAAUGUUGAAGAAAUCCUACCACACUGGUUAUCAUGGCUUCCCCUUCAUGAAGAUAAAGAGGAAGCAGUUCAUACUUUCAAUUAUCUAUGUGACCUUAUUGAAAGUAAUCAUCCAAUUGUUCUUGGUCCGAACAAUACCAAUCUGCCCAAAAUAUUCAGUAUAAUUGCAGAUGGUGAAAUUCAUGAGGCUAUUAAACAUGAAGAUCCUUGUGCCAAACGUUUGGCUAAUGUUGUUCGCCAAGUACAGACCUCUGGAGGAUUAUGGACUGAGUGCAUAUCACAACUCAAUGCUGAGCAGCAGGCAGCUAUACAGGAGCUCCUGAAUUCUGCUUGAAGGGCCUUAAUAUCACCUACCAGAAAAACUAACUCCAAAUAAACGUUUACCCUUUUGUUUA